AUUUAUUAGCAUUCGGAGUGAUAAGGAUUCACAGCUACGUGUUUGAAGAAAUCUUUCUUGCUCUUGUCCUUCCCCGGUACCGUUGUGCCUUUUUCUCUUGGAGCGAGAACAGCUCCACGCCAGAUAGGGUCUGGACAGCCAAGACAGACUUUUUCUCACAAUUGCUGGAUGAGUUGUUUGGGAAUGCUUCAUUGCCUAGCACUCAUCUUUCUCCUCUUUCAAGUGAAAGGGGCCUUUCCCCUAGGUUUCAGUAAAGCAAAGCAGUUUGUUUUCUUGAUUUUUUUCUGUAUGGAACGUGCAGUUUAGGUAAUCUUCUCUACAUUUUUAUAUAGGUACAGAGCUGUCACUGCUGAGUUUUCCAAAUCGGCAUUGCAAUCCUUAUGUCAGUAGUUAAGCAGAAUGAAAAGGAAUGAAAAUACUUAUCAUUUAUUCAGAAGAUGGAAUAAAAGAUGUAACAUUUGAAGAGCUUUUUAUCAGCAGUUUAUCUUGUGAAAAAGGAUUUUCUUUGCGGUUUUGAGGGUUUUUUUUGGUCACCUGUUAUAUAGAAAGUACCUGAGGAUUCACAAAAACAGUUAUCUGAUACCUACUUUGUCUUAUUCUUUCCUUCCUUCACACCGUGCCCUGUGAUCAGAAAAUACUUGAAAACCUGCUUCUGUUUACAUCCUUGCUUUAUUUUUAUAAGGAACAUAUUAGAUUUGGAUGCUGUGCAGCUUUCUUAUAGAAAAGGUCUUGUCUUCUUAACAGUACUUGAACUAAGACUCUGUAAUGCACAUAUCUCACUUUAAAAAGGAGACUUUAUCAAGACCUACUAGGAUGCUAUGAAGAUUUGCUUCAUGAUGUUGCAAAUACAGAUAGAGGAGUAAGAAUUGGGAUUUCAGAUGCAUGCCAGGUUUCCAUUGAGUGCCAGAAGUAGAGAUCACUACAGAUGGAGCCCCAAAGUCAGCAUGGCAGUGGUGGUUCGUUAGUUGUGAUUCAGCAGCCCUCUUUGGACAGCCGGCAAAGGUUGGACUAUGAAAGAGAGAGCCAGCCAACAACUAUUUUGUCACUGGACCAGAUCAAGGCGAUCAGGGGCAGCAAUGAAUACACCGAAGGUCCAUCUGUGGUGAAAAAAUCGGGGCCGCGGACAGCACCGAGGCAAGAGAAGCAUGAAAGAACUCAUGAAAUUAUACCAAUUAAUGUGAAUAAUAAUUAUGAACACAGACCCAGUCAGGUGGGGCAUGUGGCACAUCAGCAUAAUGCAAGGGCUCCUGUCUUGAGCAGAUCAACUAGCACGGGGAGUGCGGCUAGCUCUGGAAGCAAUAGCAGUGCUUCCUCAGAGCAAGGACUGCUGGGACGGUCACCUCCAUCCAGGCCCGGUUCAGGCCACAGAUCCGAUCGGACAAUCCGGACACAGCCCAAGCAGUCGUCUUUGAUUGUGGAUGAUCUGAAGGGUCCCUUGAAAGAGGACUUGACACAGCACAAGUUUAUCUGCGAACAGUGUGGGAAGUGCAAAUGUGGUGAGUGCACAGCCCCAAGGGCCCUCCCGUCUUGCUUGGCCUGCAACCGGCAGUGCUUGUGCUCUGCCGAGAGCAUGGUGGAGUAUGGCACCUGCAUGUGUUUGGUCAAGGGGAUCUUCUACCACUGUUCCAAUGACGAUGAAGGGGACUCUUACGCGGAUAAUCCCUGCUCUUGUUCCCAGUCACAUUGCUGUUCUAGGUACCUGUGCAUGGGAGCGAUGUCCUUGUUCUUGCCUUGCUUGCUCUGCUACCCUCCUGCAAAAGGAUGUCUAAAACUGUGUCGAGGGUGCUAUGACCGCGUCAAUCGUCCAGGCUGCCGAUGUAAGAACUCCAACACUGUCUAUUGUAAACUGGAGAGCUGCCCCUCUCGGGGUCAGGGCAAGCCCUCAUGAUUUUUGGAGGAAGGUUUACUUUCUCCAACUCUUACUUUCAGGUUGUAGCUGAUGGGUUUUUUUUCCCCCCUGUUUUUUUUUUUCUUUUGCUUUCCUUUCUUUCUCCCCCACUUCAAAUACUUAAGUUCUUCCCUUUGCAUCUUUUCUCUCCUAUUGCUCUCUUUCUGUUCACUCAGCUGAGUGUGGAGCGUUUUACGUAGUCAUUGCUGCUCUUUGGUAAGUGUAGACUUCGUAUCUGCAUCUGCCUACUCACUUUGGCAGGGCUUUUUGAGUUUGCAGCUAAACCACUCCUGAAAGAGGCAGUGAGGGCUCACUGGGCUCUUCUGCAGCCUCUUGCUCUGUGAAUAUCUUCCCAAAGAUGUUUUUUGUUCUCAGCAAUUAUUUUUCUCGUUUAGUUGGUUGGUCUUUUUGUUUUGUUUCUGUUUUUGUUUCUUUUAACCCCCUGGGUCCCAAGGAGUAACUGUUUCAUGAGUGAGCUGGAUUGUGAAGCAACAUUUUGUGUGCAUCCUUUCUAGAUACGGAUGUAAAAUAAAGGCUUUACCAAAAGAAAGGCCUAACUUUUCUGCAAGCAACCUGCUUUUCUUUUUUCCUCCUGUUUUGUCUUAGCUUUUGAAAUAGUCUCAGUCCUGAGAUUUAGCUGGUUGCUCCUCCCCUGCCUCUCCUUUUUUACUUUUAAUGUAACUUCAGUCUUUGCUUCACUAUGUAGAUCUUCACAUUGGAGACAUUAUGGCUGCAAUGUACUCAUUUAUUGCUGUCAAAUCUUUGAAGGAUAUGGCUCACUUCACCCUCCUACUCCUGUUUCUAUAGUCCAUCAGUAUCAUGUUGAUAUUAGAGUUGGUGGUGUUCAUAUAUCCAAACAGUCUUCAGAUGUCAUUAAGUUGCCUAAAUGUUUCUUGUGAUCCUUUUGGUUUAGUGAAUUUAGCUCUGCUCUGUACUUUAUAAUUUUAUUCUGUUCUCUGUUUUAUUGCCUUAGCCACAAAUUGUGGUCCUUUUUUGUAUAUUUUAUGUAUAAAACACAAAGUUGAAUUCUGACUAUUUUUAAGACAAAAGUCUGUUAAAACUUUUUUUAUUGUAAAGAAUAUUUAUUAUGUGAAUCUCUAUUAUUUUAUGAUAUUUAUUGCAAAAGACUUUGAAAAUGUACUCCUGUCUGAAUAUAACAAAAUAUCAAUACUUAACGAAAUAAGGAUGACACGAAGAAAGUACAUAUGUUAACUAUAAUGCAGAAAAUAUAUUAAUUAAUGAAAAUG